AUGGAUGUCACCCGCCUGCUCCUGGCUACCCUGCUGGUCUUCAUGUGCUUCUUCACUAUCUACAGCCACCUACCACCUGAAGAGAAGCCCAAAGAUGACAGGAGCCUGAGGAGCAACUCCUCCAUGAACCUAUUGGAUUUCUCUUCUGUCUCUAUUGUGCCUCUGAACAAGAAAUUCAAAAAGGUCAGCAGAAAAGAAGCAGAAAAGAAGAGAUCUUCUAAGAAAGAAGCUUCCGUGAAGAAAGUGGCACAGCCCCGGCCCCCGCCCUGCGUGGCCACCCGCUUCAGCUGCAAGCCGCCGGCGCCAGCCUGCUGCAACCCGUGUGCCUACUGCCACUGCAGCUUCUUCCGCAGCGCCUGCUCCUGCCGCGUGCUCAACCCCUACUGCUGAGCCUGGCCGCCGCAGGCGUGGGGCUUCGG